AUGCAUCUCACACGGAUCGCCCAGCGCGGCGCGCCGUCCGAGGUGAUGGCGGGCCUCGCGCGGUGGCGCUCGCGUGCGGCUGCACAGGGCGUGAGCGCGCACCAUAAGGAGGAGGCGCCGCUCGAGGCGGACGUGAAUAAGCGCACGUUCCAGCACUGGAAGAAUACCACGUCCCAGCGCUGGAAUCCCCCGCGGUACAGCCUGCGGCGCCAGGCUGAGCUCGUGCGCGCCGCGUUCCAGACCGGAGACCUCGGGGCGGUGGCGGCGAGUCCCAAGUUUGCCGCCUUUGCACAGCGCCUCGCCCGCCAGGAGACGCACGAGCUGAUCACACCGUACAAGGCGCAGGAAGUGCCGCGCCUCAGCAAGAAGCAGGACGCGAAAGAGGCGCUGCGUAUCGCGCAAAAAGCACACGAUGCGGGGCCGUAUGCGGGCCGCUCGUCGAAGCGCAUGUUCAAGGGCUCGAAUGCCGACCGCGCAUCGCGCGCGCGUGCGCGCCGCGUGCAGGAGAACAUGACCAAGAUGGACAGCAUCGUGCAGGAGUGGCGCCAGGACAAGAUCACGGAAAAGAACAAGAUGAAGCCUACGAGUCCGCUGUAG